GAUAGGUUUCCUAGACGUGCGCUCUUCUAAGAAACCCGUUCUCGCCCGCUUCAUGAAAAAACGCUAAAUAAUUCAGCAUUGAAUCAAGAAUCGCUGUAAGCAUUGACCUAAUUCAGGUUUAAUAGCAUUCCAGCUUUAAAAAUUAAAAAAUCUUGUGUUGACAGUCCGCUUCAGAAGUGGAACUGAUCAUACGUUUUCGAAUAUCGAAUUUUUCCGGAGCGUUUAACAGUUGGAGUGUCGGAACAAAGCAGAAUGUAGAGGAUGUGAUGUGCGAGGGUCCCUCUGCUAAAAUUGACAGGAAACUUCUCAUCUAAAGACAUAAACAAUCGUCAUAUUCGUCAUCAUUUUCACCAAAACAUCAAUCUAUUGAAAAAUGGAGCACAUCGUGAAGGAUGUAUUCGGAGUUGUGGACUAUAUUGUAUUUGCUAUCAUGCUUCUGAUAUCUGCAGGGGUUGGCGUAUGGUACGCCAUAGCCGAUCGUAAAAAAACUGACACACAGGAAUUCCUGAUGGGCGGCCGUUCCCUCAGCGUUUUCCCUGUGGCCAUGUCCGUUCUGGCCAGUUUCAUGUCAGCCAUCACGUUGCUUGGCACACCAGCCGAAGUGUACCGCUACGGUACGCAGUACAUAAUCAUCAAUAUCGCAUUCUGCUUCGUGGUACCAGCCACAGCUUAUCUUUACCUACCAGUCUUCUACAAUCUGGGAGUCACAAGUGCGUAUGAGUACUUGGAACUGAGGUUUCACAGAGCAGUAAGAACGAUUGGAUGUAUUGUUUUCACUCUACAUAUGCUCAUGUAUAUGCCAGUUGUCUUGUAUGCUCCAGCAUUAGCAUUAUCAGAAGUUACAGGGAUAAGAAUUUGGACAGCAGUGCUCUCAAUAGGCUUAGUCUGCACAUUUUAUACCAGCAUUGGAGGCAUAAAAGCCGUUGUUUGGACCGACUUUUUCCAGUCCUUGAUGAUGUAUGGGUCCAUCUUAGUCAUUGUGGUGAAGGGAACCAUCGACUUGGGAGGUUUCGAUGUUGUGUGGCAAAGAAGCAUAGAAGGUGGAAGAAUCGAAUUUUGGAAGUUUGAUUUCGAUCCUACAGUCCGACACACUUUCUGGAGUUUAGUCUUUGGCGGUUACAUCACUUGGAUGGGAAAUUACGCUGCCAAUCAAGCCAUGGUCCAGAGAUACUUGACAAUAGGCUCACUCCGGGGAGCUCAGAGGUGUUUGUGGAUUAAUUUGCCAGCUCUCAUCCUACUCAUUUGCAUCACUAGCAUGUCAGGACUCGUCAUUUAUGCUUUCUACCACGACUGCGACCCAAUAGGAGCGAAAAUGAUUCAAGCUCCCGAUCAGCUGUUCCCUCGAUUCGUAAUGGAAACUUUAGGAGCUUUUCCAGGAAUCCCCGGGCUUUUCGUAUCGGGGAUUUUCAGCGGAGCUUUAAGCACAGUGUCCUCUGGAGUCAAUUCUCUGUCAGCAGUGAUGCUGGAAGACAUCAUUAAGAAAUACAUUGUUACAGACAUAACAGAAGUAUGGGCCACAAGGAUUACGAAAAUAUUAGCUAUGAGUUUCGGAAUUAUAUCAAUAGUUCUAGUCUUUGCUGCAGAGCAGAUGGGAGGUGUUUUGCAGGCAGCUCUAACCAUCCAUGGAAUAGUUGGCGGACCAAUGCUGGGAGCAUUUACUCUUGGAAUGUUCAUCCCAUUUGCAAAUACAUGGGGCGCAUCAACAGGUCUUGUGAGUGGUUUUGGAAUUGCCAUGUGGUUUGGAAUGGGAGCAUUUGCAAGUCAGCCCUACAUACCAGAACAAUCCCUAUCCUACCAAGGCUGUGCUGAUGUUUAUUUCAACGCUACUAAUAUCGAUAUCGCAAACAUGACAUCAAUCCCUGAGAUAAUUCGAAACAACGAUGAUAUACUGCCACCUUACCGAUUGUCUUACUUGUGGUUGAGUGGAAUAGGGUUCAUGGUUGUCAUGAUAGUAGGCAUAGUGGUCAGUCUUAUAACACGUUCCAAAGAGGAAGAAAUUGUGGAUGAAAGAUUAUUAUCGCCCUUUAUAACAUGGCUCAGCAAAUACAUGCCUGGUGGCAAAUUCAAAGAGAUGGUUUUGCAUAAAGAAAAAAGAGGCAUGUCACAGACACCACUGAGAACAACCAGUGUCAUCAGCGAAUCUGACUUUUAUCCGACCAAAAAAGCAUCAAUCUCAUACAUAUCAGACUCUAAAUUAUCUUAACAAGACUUAAAUGUUGCAUUGUGUAUAUUUUUAUAGAAGAAAUUGUUCAAUGGUAAACUUUCAAAAGUAUACCAAAAUGUAUAUGAAUGUAUGUGCAUGUAUAUCGUCUCUAUUAUAAAAUAAUAAAGUUUUGUCCUUUUUGUUGUA